GCAGCGUAGUAGAGUAGUAGGCGCCGCAACUCGACCAAACCACGCGAAGGGGAAACCCAAAUUCCAUCCCGACUUCUCUACCUCUCCGGCCUCCACCCAGGAGAGCCCUAAGCCGGAAGCACCUUACCCUUAAGCUCUCUUGACCUCUCCCCAUGGCGUCCGCGUGGUGCCUCUUGGCGCCGGCCGCCGCGCCGGUGGCGGCGCCGGGCGCUCUCGGCGUCUCCGCCUCCGAAUCCAGAGGCGUCUUCGUCGCGCGGGCGGCGGUCCCUGCGAGGAUGCGGCGCAGGUGGGGUUCGCUCGUGGUGUGCGUAGCCCCCGACGAGGAGAAGAUUACGCGGCGCUCGCCCCUCGAUUUCCCCAUCGAAUGGGAGAAACCUAAGCCUGGGAGGAGACCUGACAUCUUCCCAAAGUUCAGCCCUAUGAAAACACCAUUGCCCCAUCCAUUACCAGCUGAUGAUCCUCUGGAUGAUGAUGAGGAAGAAGAAGAGGAAGAAGCACAACCUCAAGAAGAACCACAGGAGGAUGAUCCUGACAAAGAGGAUCCUGAGGAAGAUGACCCAGACAAGCCAACUGAGUAAUUUUGGAUGAGGUGGCCUGUGGUAGAUAGAAGCCGUGUCGUAUCUUCCAGAGAAUAUGUGGGGUUUGAGCUAUUCAGAAAUGUUAGUUUGUGUCGGCUUAUAUAGGCUCUAGACAUAAGUUUGCUCAGCAAGGACCUUUGAGCUUUUCUGAAGCUAUACAAAUUUUGUUCCACUAGUUUCAAUAUGAAUUUAUAUGUAUUCUUCUGAAA